AUGGACGCCUACCCCGAAGACUACGUCAAUCACAAUCUGCCUUUAGUCCUGCUCUCAGGGCUGGAGGCAGACCCUGAAAAGGAGCCAGGAACACCAUCGGAUUAUCCUCUGCUAUCAGAGAAGGGGACCCAUAUCUUCUCAGACUUCCCACCUCUGAGCGGGGCUGUUGCGGAGGAGCUCCGGAGCUUGCUUCUAGAGGAAGAUAGCUCUCAGGCGCCAUGGAAGUCUAGAGUUACUUCAUGCAGACUCCCUCCACAAAAAGCUGACCCCCCUAUCCCCUCACCACCAACUACACCCAGUGAUGACCAGGACAAUGAACACUCUGAGCCUAGUUCACACUAUGUCCUCCACUCGCCGAUAUCGCCUCUGUCACCGGGUUCCCCAACUUUCCCAGAUGGCUUGCUCACCCCUCUAUGGGUAACUAAACACCAGGACUUGGUUCCAGCAGCAGUGAUAAAUUUCUUCCCGUUUUCUCUGGACCCGAAUAUGAACUCGCUACGAGACAAUCAACUCAAGAUCGAGAUCAAUAGCUUGAAAAAAGAAUGGCAAUCCUCCGGGUACAAGACGCGGUUUGUGGUCGUUCUGUUAUCAGAAGACGGAGAAGAAGGCGGCUAUGAGGGCGAGAUUGAUGACCGAAUUGCGGGGAUUCGGCGGGCAACAAACCUUGACCCCAGAUCAAUAUUUGUGAUCCCACCAGACGCGACUUCGUCGGAACUGCAAGACUUUGUGAAAUCACUCUACUCUCUACUGCAACCGUCGGUUGUUGAAUACUAUCGGGAUCUGUCAAAGCAUGCCAGGCGCAAACGAAACAGGGGGAAUAUCCCCCCUCCGACUGCACCACCAACGACCGGAACUUCUCAGACACUAUCGUCCCAAGGCUGGAACGUACGGUAUGAAUUCAAGCUUGGAAUUUUUGCCGAGUUUCGCCAAGAAAUGGAUGCAGCCUGCCGGAACUAUGAGAGUGCGUACGAAACUCUGUUUGGGCAUGAAGUCUUCGAAAAUAUUGCAGGCUGGAAUCCUCGAUUCAACGAUGCGCGCCUUUUGGCCGACGCCCUGGCCAUUCGGAUUAUACGUUGCCUGUUAUGGACGGGUCAGACGACCGCCGCAGCUCGUCUUUGGGUUGACCACAGAAUCCGUGUAAAGGAUAUUGUCAAUCGCAGAGGGAAGGGCAGUAAACACUACGGGUGGGAGGCCUGGAGAGGCGCGUUGGUCGAUGCGAAAUCUCUUCUGAGCAGCCCGGGAAGCUCUAUGCUCUACCCGAGAAAUCGAUUCCAACCGGGGAAAGAGUUAGGCCCUGGGAACAUCUCCAUCACGAAGGUUACUGGCUACACCGUUCAGCGAAACAUACGAUGUUGCGACGUGCGCUUGCCCAGGAAAUCCCCUUGGAAGAUCGCAAGCCCCCCCGGGCAAUCACCCGCCUCACAACUCGCAAAUAAAUCCUACUUGUACGAUACAUACCUUGUUCCCGACACUCACGCCGAAGCACCCCAAGAAGGACGAACUGGCUUCGACCAUUCUGGUCUAAUAUUAAACACGCUGAAGGCUGCUAUCGAGGAAUACGCAAAACGCAACCAAACAAGGAAAGUCGAGAGCUUGAGUCUUGAGGCAGCCGAGGAGUAUAUGCGUAUUGGCUCAUGGUCCGAAGCGCAUGGGCUUCUUCGGCCGCUGUGGUCUACUCUUAGCUGGCGCCGCUCAGGGUGGUGGCAUCUGAUGGCCAAUUUCGGGUGGGCACUCAGAGAAUGUGCCCUCAGGAUGCAGGACAGCGAGACAAUCUUGCGAGUGGACUGGGAGCUGUUGAAUAAGAAUUUCAAACCGAGACCUGCGUGGCAUUAUGACAUUCACAAGAGUCUUGACAGUUUACCCUCAGAAAAGCCUAAACCUUCUCUUAUCCUUCGUGCAGAGGAUGUUAUAACAAGUCUGACCGCGUCGCUGGUGUUCGAGAAAUCCGAUGGCAACGUUGGCGAACCUCUACGUGCACAACUUGCCAUCACAUCCAGUGCUCAUAAAUCCUCGGCCCCUAUCCGGCUUUCGGAGGUCAAACUGGUUUUCGAAGGAUGUCUUCGACCGGUAAAGGUUCAAUCUGACCAGAACCAGGAUGCUGACACCACAACCUCAUGUUGUAUCGCAACUCUUCCACUCCGCGAACCGAGCAACGCUGAUACGGCAGUCCAAUCCCCAGCCGGUGGACUGACCGCAUUGGUAGGUAUGGCAGAUCUGACUAUGGAGCCUUCUCAGACCAAGGUGUUUGACCUCACCUGUGUUCCUCGCGAAGCUGGUGAAGCUAAGGUUGCUUCAAUCACCAUGCUAAUUGAAGAAGAACAAUUCGAUUUGGGUUAUGCGGUCACUGAACCAGAACAGCGUGAAUCGUUCUGGUGGGAGCAGACCCAAAAGGGCGUGGCCCGUAGGAGAGUGGGCAAGGAUCGGGAUACUGGCAGGUGCAAGGUUAUGCCUAAGCCUCCCAAGAUCCGCCUCACAACUCCCAACCUGAAGCAGACCUACUACACCAAUGAACGGGUGAUGCUUCAGAUUGGUAUACACAAUGAAGAAGACGAAGCUGCCGAUAUAUCUGCUGAGAUCAGAUUGUUCGGCACCGAGUCCGCAGCUCAAAUCCAGUGGCUCGACGGCGACAGCAACCCCGAACCCCUCGAAUCAGGCGCCAGCACUCCGAUUGGGGGGCCGUCUCAUUACUUGAAACGAUCUGUGGGUGUUCUGGAGCGCUCCUCCCACAAAACUCUUACAAUUGUGUUGGUCGAUACCCAGGAGGCUACGGAUUUCACCUUGGAGGUUUCGACUGUGUACCAUUUGGUGUCUGAUACCCAGACCCCGAUUAUGAAGAAUACUACCGUGGAUCUAUCAUUUAUUUCGGCCGUUUGA